AUGCGACGCAUUCGAAGCGGCCGCUGGUUGGACGUUGCCACUGUUGGUGCAGGUAGAUACACCAUUCUCGAGAGCGCUUGUCUGAAAUACUUAGUGCAGGGGUUGCCAAAUCCAACCAAGCAAUAUCCUCAAUUAUGGGUCUUUUUGGGCUCUGCCCAAAAAAAUAAGCACUUGCACGAUCUAUUCCCAGCCAACGCUUUUACUCGAGCUGAUGCAGGUACCAUUCGAUUGCGAGGUGACGAAGCAACUGCAGCUAGUGAUUCACCCAUUCUUUUUGCCGAUGGCGAUCCGUGGAAUGCUUCCGUUCUACCCAACUCUAGUCUCGCGAGGGGAGACCGGCGUUACGAUCUUGACUACAAUGUAGGCGCUCCCACGCAUGUCGUUCACGGGUUGUAUUCUAGGGUACUUUUCCUUUUUGCCGAUGUUAUUUGCAUGUUUGCCGAGGAUCUCCCAACCGGGGUCGAUCUCGCUGCUCUUACAAAGCACUGCGCAGUUGAUGGCCUGCCGCUUGAGGCUCGUCCCCACCUGAUCAUUGUUACAGGCAGAUCGUGCUCUGCGUGGUCCGCUACUGCUGGUUCUGCGCUGCGUUCCGAGGCGUUUUCCGCUGUCAGCGUCUUUUCUAUAGAGUCCACCCGUGACACGCUCAAGACUUUAUUAGAGACCCGCUCACAAGAGGUACGUAAGCUACGCAAGCAUGUCAUCGGACAGUUGUCUGGGGUGCAGCUGAAGGGCUUUCUCCAGUCAGCAAUGGCAUGCUUGGCGACGACCCACAGUUAUACCUACGACUUUGUUCGUGCGUCUCGGACACAAGGUAUACCAGCAGACGUGGGACGUAGCAUCAAUGAAAUCUAUCAAAAGUGCAUCGAGGCGGAGCUACCUGAUUUGGAUACUGCUCGCUUUAUCGCAUCCGCUCUAAUUAUGGAUCAUUAUUCACCGGAGAUGCCGUUGAUGGAUCCAAGACUAGUGUUCCAGACUUUGUAUCGCCCUAUGAUUCUAGCCACGAAACCUUCCCCACCAAAGACCCUAGUCGCCGUGAUGGAGUCUGAGAUGGCUACCGAGUUUUCUCAUCUUGCUACCUACACUUCACUUAACCGACGGAAACAAUUGAUGACUGCCAAAACUGGACAUUACUCGGCGAUAAAAUCCAAUCGCAUAUGCCUUUAUUGUCUGGUCCAGGCGGCACAGCAUUUCCCGCCGUGUGAUCAUGCGCUGUGUGAUCUUUGCGCGCAGAAAUUUGGUAGCGCCUCAGUGGAUACUGAAUAUCAGUUCUCGUUGGACCAGUGUCUUCUUUGUUGCGAUACCAUCUCGAUGACUAUCGACGUCCUGCCCCCCACCAUGGGCCCUAGUAUACUGGCCAUUGACGGAGGAGGUGUUCGAGGGGUGAUACCUAUUGAGUUCCUGAUCCUCAUUCAAGAAUACCUGGGCGAAUGUCGCCUCCAAGACGUGUUCGACUUGGAUGUGAGCACUAGCUCCGGUGGCUUAACUGAUUUAGGUCUUCGGGCUUUGGGUCUACCGAUUCAAGAGUGCGCAGCAAUCUUCAAUCGCCUUGCUCUAUGUUUGUUUGAGAAGCGCCGCCGUCCUGCUUUCCCGUGGUUGCCUCCAUCUAUGCUAGGGCGCAUGCGCCAAUGGUACUCAUGGUGGAGACAUGAUAGCUGCUAUGACGGUUUGGUCUUUGAUGCGAUCCUGCAACAACUUUAUGGAAAUCAGUUUCUACUUCGUAACUACUGCCGCGAUUCAUCCGGAUCCAUAAAGUCCGGAGCGAAGUUUGGAGUGGUGGCAACUAGUAUCGGGGCGAAAACCGAGACGGUGAUGAUGGGCAAUUUCAAUGCUGUCAAUGGCACAUCUGAGGACUGCGGCUACCAACUCAUUCGGCCUACGAAUAUUCAACAUGAGCUUCAAGUAUGGCAAGCGGCCCGAGCAACUGCCGCAGCGCCUUUCAUGUUCCCUCCAAUUGAUCUCCCAGCGGGUACUUUCCAAGAUGGAGGUUUGACUGACAACUUUGCCGGAGGAAUCGCUCGCCGCGCUAGUCGAACCAUCUGGCCAGGCUCUCGCGAGCCAGCGAGAUUGCUAUCGUUGGGCACAGGUAGUCCCCCACUGUCGGCCGAUGACGGUUUGCCUCACUUCCGAAAUUCGAUUGUCGACGGAUUUCUCCGUCGCGCUUUCAACGCCUGGAUGACCUCUUUGGAUGGGGAAAGCAAAUGGCGCGAGAUGAAGAGCCAACUGGAUGACUCAAUCGCAGGAAAUUUUCGUCGUCUGAAUGUGCCUUUAGAAGAAACUUCGUCAGCAUUGGAUAAUGUUGCGAUGAUGGACCAUUACCGCAAUCUGGUUAUACGCCAUCCCGGAAGCGCACGUAUGGCAAAGGAGGCUACUGUGGAUUUGAUUACGGCGCGCUUCUUUUUCGAACUCGACUCGGUCCCCCAACUCCACCAUGUUCCAUUUUGGUGUCAUGGAACCAUUCGGUGCAAGGGACCAGUUGGUCCACUUCUGGCGGCGCUGCAGCAGUUGAUUCCGGAUCCACUUGAGUUUGUAACUGAUUCCCACUGUCUUGGACCGAUUCGUGUUGAAAGGGACAUCUGCCCGUCUUGCAACCGGUUCUGUUGGCCUGUUUCGUUACGCUGUCACGACCCCGCCCAGUGUAUUCAGGUCUACAUCAAAUCUGGUCGAUAUGGUAAAUGGAGGAUCAAUUCAUUUCCAUCCACCCCUACCAAGUUGGUCAAUCGACAACAACUAGAUUCCCCGUUUGGAAAAGCUGAUCAUGGAUGUCCUGUUCGGAAACCAUGUCCUGCAUGUGAUCCCAGUCGGUUGCCUUUUCGUGGUAGGCGCCGGAGACGAAAUUCCAACCUCACUGCGGAACACAGACGGAAAAGGGUUUGCGUGCGCUAAAUUCAUACGGUAUAUUUUGUCUUGAGGCUCCUCUAUCUUUGAUUAUUUGUUUCCUUCAAACGAACAGAU